UGGAUACACCCUGGUACAGACUCACCCAUCCAGAGCGGACACUCCUCCAGCCCAGGUUUGCCUAAGGGUUGGGAGAUGGAUUCCACCCAGGAAGGAGCUGUGUACUUCAUCAACCACAAUGAAAGACGGAACACAUUUCGACACCCAGUGACUGGCCAGGUCCCAGAGGAAAACAAAAAGUUUGACUUGAAGACAUCAGCCUUGGACAUGUCCAAUAAAACAGGUGGAAAACGCUCUGCUACCACCAACAGUGACUUAUCCAACCACAACAUGGUGUCAGAGGUUCCUCCAGAACGACCCAACAUCCGGACAACACGAACAUCCCGAAAAGCCAUCGCCUUUGGCAAGCGCUCCCACUCCAUGAAGCGGAACCCCAAUGCGCCUGUCACCAAGGCCGGCUGGCUCUUCAAACAGGCCAGCUCCGGGGUGAAGCAGUGGAACAAGCGCUGGUUUGUUCUGGUGGACCGCUGCCUCUUCUACUACAAAGACGAGAAGGAGGAGAGCAUCCUGGGCAGCAUCCCCUUAUUGAGCUUCCGGGUUGCAGCUGUGCAGCCCUCAGACAACAUCAGCCGGAAACACACGUUUAAGGUGAUUGUGUUCUGGGUAGAUGAAGCAGGGGCCAGUUCUACGCACUGCCUCUCCCCACAGGCUGAGCAUGCUGGAGUCCGCACCUACUUCUUCAGUGCUGAGAGCCCCGAAGAACAGGAGGCCUGGAUCCAGGCCAUGGGAGAGGCUGCCCGGGUACAGAUCCCUCCAGCCCAGAAGUCAGUGCCCCAACCUGUGCGACACAGCCACGAGAAGCCAGACUCAGAGAACAUCCCACCGAGCAAACAUCAGCAGCAGCCACCCCACAAUAGCCUCACCAAGCCAGAGCCCGAAGCCAAGACUCGGGGUGAGGGGGAUGGCAGAGGUUGUGAGAAGGCCGAGCGGAGACCUGAGAGGUCUGAAGUUAAGAAAGAGCCUCUGGUGAAAGCCAACGGUCUCCCAUCUGGACCUGAGCCAGCCUCAGCACCUGGCAGCCCUUACCCUGAUGGCCCGAGGGUCCCAGGUGGCAGGGAGCAGCCCACCCAGCCCAAUGGCUGGCAGUACAGCUCCCCAAGCCGACCAGGGAGCACUGCUUUCCCACCACAGAAUGGGGACAGUGGGGGACACCGGCGGAGCUUUCCACCACGUUCUGACCAUGACAAAAUUGCCCAGCGGAAAAGCUCCAUGAACCAACUUCAGCAGUGGGUGAAUCUGCGCCGGGGAAUGCCCCCACCCGAAGAUCUUCGGAGUCCUUCUAGGUUCUACCCUGUGUCUCGCAGGGUCCCUGAGUAUUACAGCCCCUACUCCUCCCAGUACCCCGAUGAUUACCAGUACUAUCCACCAGGGGUGCGGCCAGACAGCAUUUGUUCUAUGCCAGCUUAUGAUCGGAUUAGUCCACCCUGGGCCGUGGAGGACAAGCGCCACUCCUUCCGUAAUGGGGGUGGUCCUACCUACCAGCUUCGUGAAUGGAAGGACCCCACCAGUUAUGGGAGGCAGGAUGGCACUGUCUGGAUCCCCAGCCCCUCCCGGCAGCCAGUCUAUUACGAUGAGCUGGAUGCUGCUUCAGGCUCCUUGCGUCGCCUGUCCUUGCAACCCCGUUCGCACUCUGUGCCCCGCUCGCCCAGCCAGGGCUCCUACAGUCGUGCCCGCAUCUACUCCCCUGUGCGCUCACCCAGUGCCCGUUUUGAUCGGCUGCCACCUCGCAGUGAGGACAUCUAUGCCGACCCUGCUGCUUAUGUGAUGAGGCGUUCCAUCAGCUCCCCCAAGUAUGAUUACCUGGGAGACAGGCGGCCAGUCCCUGCAGGACUGUUCCCCUACAACUACCCACCAUCCCCCACGGUCCACGAUAAGAUGGAUGAACUUUUAGAUCUUCAGUUGCAAAGAAACCUAGAGUAUUUGGACCAGCAGAUGAGUGAGAGUGAGACUCUCAUCAGUAUGGUGAACCGCAUGGUGGAGAACUCCUCCCCCAGGGCCCAACUCUUCAUGCAAGUCCCUGCAUACCCAGAGGUGUUCCGGGAUGGCCUCCACACCUUCAAGCUAAACGAGCAAGAUACGGAUAAGCUGCUGGGAAAGCUAUGUGAGCAGAACAAGGUGGUGAGGGAGCAGGACCGGCUGGUGCAGCAACUCCGAGCGGAGAAGGAAAGCCUGGAAAGUGCCUUGAUGGGAACCCACCAGGAGCUGGAGAUGUUUGGAAGCCAGCCUGCCUACCCAGAGAAGCUGCUGCACAAGAAGGAAUCGCUGCAGAACCAGCUCAUCAACAUCCGGGUGGAGCUGUCACAGGCAACUACGGCACUGACCACCAGCACAGUGGAGUAUGAGAACCUCGAGUCUGAGGUCUCUGCCCUGCAUGAUGACCUCUGGGAGCAGCUCAAUUUGGACAUCCAGAAUGAGGUGCUCAAUCGUCAAAUUCAGAAAGAGAUCUGGAGGAUCCAAGAUGUGAUGGAGGGGCUGAGGAAGAACAACCCGUCCCGGGGCACCGACACAGCCAAGCACAGAGGAGGACUCAGCACCUCAGCAACCUAUAGCUCCAACAGCCCUGCCAGCCCUCUCAGCUCUGCCAGCCUUACCAGUCCCCUGAGCCCUUUUUCAAUGGUGUCUGGCUCUCAGGGUUCCCCGACCAAGCUGGGGUCCAGUGAGGAACCUGGCCCACCUCGGCCACCCCUCCCCAAAGCCUACGUCCCCCUGGAAUCUCCUCCCACCGUCCCUCCGCUACCUAAUGAGAGCCGCUUCUGGCCAUACCCCAACUCCCCUUCCUGGCACCGCAGUGGUGAGACAGCCAGGGGUCAGCCCAAGACAAGCUAUGAGCAAAACAAGAAAGAUCCCCACCAGACAUCGCCCCUGGACACCCCCAGAGAUAUCAGCCUUGUGCCCACCAGACAAGAGGUGGAGGCAGAGAAGCAGGCAGCUCUCAACAAAGUUGGCAUUGUGCCUCCUCGGACAAAGUCUCCCGCUGAGGAAGAGAUGACCCCGUCAGCGGUGGUGAGGAGGACGUCCAGUGGACUCACCAAUGGCCUUGCCUCACGGCAGGAGCGCCCCAAAAGUGCUGUAUUCCCUGGUGAGGGCAAGGUCAAGAUGAGUGUGGAGGAGCAGAUUGACCGGAUGCGGCGGCACCAGAGUGGCUCCAUGAAGGAAAAACGGAGGAGCCUGCAGCUUCCAGCUAGCCCAGCUCCUGAACCUAGCACCCGGCCUGUCUACAAAGUGGUACGCCGUCACCGCAGCAUCCAUGAGGUGGACAUCUCUAACUUGGAAGCAGCCCUACGGGCAGAGGAACCUGGUGGCCAGGCCUACGAGACACCACGGGAAGAAAUUGCCCGGCUUCGAAAAAUGGAGCUGGAACCCCAGCACUAUGAUGUAGACAUCAGUAAAGAGCUCUCCACUCCAGACAAAGUUCUCAUCCCUGAACGGUACAUUGACCUGGAGCCUGACACUCCCUUGAGCCCCGAGGAGUUGAAGGAGAAGCAGAAGAAGGUGGAGAGGAUCAAGACCCUCAUUGCCAAGUCCAGUAUGCAGAACGUGGUGCCCAUCGGCGAGGGGGACUCAGUGGACGUGCCCCAGGACUCAGAGAGCCAGCUGCAGGAGCAGGAGAAGCGGAUUGAAAUCUCCUGUGCCCUGGCGACCGAGGCCUCCCGCAGGGGCCGCAUGCUGUCUGUGCAAUGUGCCACCCCAAGCCCUCCCACCUCCCCUGCUUCCCCGACUCCACCAGCCAACCCCCUCACGUCUGAAUGCCCACGGGGCGCCGACAACAGCCAUACCAUGCGGGUCUGAGUUCUGACUGCAAGCCCUGGCUGAGGUCAAUGCUGUGAAGUUCCACAGAGCCACCUUCUGAAAGCUUCCUCUGCACACCUGGGGUCCUGGCUCCUCACCUUGGCCUCUUACCCUUGCACCUACCACCACAGGAAUGCCACAGGGAGCUAGGUUGGGUCAGGGCUGCUGCAGAAAGGAGCAUGGAUGCCUGGGUAUCCACACCUGCUGCCCUCACCCUGAAACCUCCACUAUCAUGUCAUGGCUCUGAGGUGAACCUGGGAUGGCAGGGGCAGGAUGCUGUUCUCUUUGAUACCCAAACCACAAGGAAGCACUGUUUGGCAUUGUAUGCCCCCCAGCACCAUCCCUGAUGGAGAAUGUAUUCUGAUGGAAGUUAUCUUGGGUGAGGACUAGAGGUGAAGAGGAGACAGACCCUCACCCUCUGGGGAACCCAUACAACACUGAGAAAGGACAGCUCCUACCAUCGUCUUCUUCCACAUCAGCCCCAGAUGCCUCAGUGAUGCCCAAGGCUUUGACCCACCUCUGCUGAUGUGCUUCCCAGAGUUCACUGGAGACCAGCCACUCUGCUUGCGCCAAAGAAGAGGAUGAGCAACAGGGAGAGGCUCCUGGGCUCCCAGAGGGGACAAGUACUGUGGAGAGAGGACAGCAGGUCUGUACAGUGUCUGAGGGCAAGUUGGAAAGGGUAGCAGACAGAAGAGGAGAGAGGCUUGGAGAGUGAAGGAAGGAAGAGAAAGUAAGAUGCUUUCCCAAGUAAUGAGGAUGUAAGGACAGAGGAAAAUGGGAUGGAGAGCAGGACUGGCUUCCCCAGAGUAGAGCCAUAGGUUGGUGCCAGUCAGAGGGUCUGAUGGUUACCUGUGUACCUCCACAACUUCCUCAGGAGCAGGUAGUCCUGGGAGGGCUCACUGGGCAUGUAUCAACCCCAGCUGAGGUGCUCGGUAGCAAGGUAUGGACUGAGGGGAAGUUGGGGUGAGAUAGCUAGGAGAUGGUCCUUUCUGGGUCAGGGCCUGGUGUCUGCCUCUCCCUCCUGAGGUCAUGGGCAGAGAGAAGGCCCUGUCUUACAUAGGAUUUGUUAGCCUUGGGGCCUUGUCUAGUCAGUUUCUUGCCCCCAUUCCACCAUGGAAAGUGCUGUGGCCCAGCUGAGAGUUUGCCCCAGGAGGGGGAAAUGAGCCUUACCUGGAAAGCCAGGUUCCAGCCCCUACUUCUCAUCUCAGGCAUCUAGAGCAGGACCAGAGGCUGGGCUUUCUUACAAUCCACCUACCCAGGGAGGCUGUGGGAAGAGACAGGAGCAGAGCACAGUGGUCCUCUGUUCUACUCACCUUGAGUGAGAAGCCAGAAAGCAAGAAGAGAGGGAGCUGAAGACACCAGUCCCCAGGCCUUGUCUUGGCCAGAGACUUCAGCCUGAGCUGCAGUGGCCCCAAGAACAACUGUUCCAUCUCCUAUCAGCUCAUCACCACUCCUUCAUGGCCAGGGCAGUUACUGGUUUAUAUGCAAGUAAAAAUGACAAUUCAUUCAACAAAUGCUAGUCUAGCACCUUUCAUACAUCCGGCACUGUUCUAGGUGCUUAGGAUAUUGUCUUGCUUUUGACUAUGGACUGAGAGGACUCCACCACCUGUGUUCAUCUCUAGAAAGUUUCCAGAACAUGAUUCUUGGCUACAUCUCCCAUCUGCACAGCUCAAGCACCCCAAAUCAGCCCUUUCUCCCCUAUAGACUGGCAGGUGGGAUUAGCUCCCAGGCCACCUUCUCUCUCCAUACCCUUCUUCCAGAAGAAACAGGUUUCUUUUUAGGGCCUUCCUUACCUUUCCCUGCAUUUGUCUCUCCCUUUUUUUUAAAGUGGUAUUUUUAGAAAUAUAUGUAAAAUACCAAGAAAUGUCUGCGCCUGUCUCAUCCAGAAUUCAUAAAGCUGGCUCUUUAUGUUGCUUUACAUGCCUUAAUAUAUGUUUUAUGGAAAUGACUCAUGGUAUAGAUACCUGUGUAAUGUAUAGAUUUGUCUGUCCUUUCCUUAGCUCCUGUCCAGACCCAUUUUCUGUCCACGCCAUUCUUAGCAUGUUGAGAACAUACUCCUUGCCUUUUUGAUCCAAAGAAAGGAAGAGGAAAGACUUAUUUUAAGGCAGACCUAUUUUAUGCUUUUGUUUAAAAAGCAAAUCUAUUUUCAAAGUGUGCAAUGUCUGAAUGGGAUUGGCCAGUGAUGUAAGGAGACUAGGGUGGCUGUCCCUAGAUCCCAGUCUGUGCCCUUCCCUUUCCCCCAGUGACUCACUUCCUUUCCAUUCCCCCAGUUUGCAAAGGGCUGGUCCCCAGGCUCACCUAGACAGCAUCAUUACAGGGGCAGGGCAUUCUCUCAACAGUCUAAGAAUUUUAACCCACUGUCAAUUUCAGAAGGCACCCUAAGGGUUGUCAGGUAUGUGAGCCUCUUGAAGGAAAUGUUUACUGCUGCAGGCAUGGGCUCCUGGGCCAUCCACUUCAUCCUUCUGUGGGAAAGAGUCAACAUGUUGCUGGCAGCCUAUGGUAGCCAGCCUGAAGGAUGACAGUCUGCUCCAACAGACCGAAGGUAUGAAGUGAAGCCCAGAAGAAGUGGCUUGGGACCCUCUGUGUUCUCUGAGUCGCUCCAUUGAAGUCCUUACAAACUCCUUGAGCCUCCUGCACUUUCUCUUGAGCCCUCCCUUGCUCUCACCUGUUUCCCUCUAGGACUUUUUCUCUCUGGGGGCUAUUGUGGAACCUUGGUCUGGCAUCCAGACUUGAAGCUUCACUCUUGGCUGGGGAGGGUCCCACAGACAGUGUCACAUUUUAGACUUUCCCAAGAGGAAGGCUUCAGUGCUUUGGCUGCAGUUCUGACCUGGGCCAGCUCAGCCUCCCAAACCACUUUCUGACCAGUAAAGUGGGCAAAGGGACUCUAGCCUUGCAAGGAUUUGGGUGGGAUUUAGAACCUGCUUCAGCUCUGAAAUGAAGGGCUCGGGAAUUUUCCAGAGCUCCCAGUCACCAGCUCUGACAUUUGUUGGCCUAGUUCCCAGCCUGGAGUUUCUUGCUAUGAAUGAAUAGUGCCCACACAGAGGCCUAGGGUUAAGUACCCCUUCUGGGGAGACCUCUGGCUACCCAGGUAGGGCCUUCCCAAUUAGCACAUUACCUCUUCCAUCAAUUACCAAGAGGCUGCGAUCAAAUACUGCUACUGUCACUUUAAAGAUUUUCUGGAGGCACAAGCUUGCAAGCUGCAAGCAUGUUCUCCUGCCUUUAUAAAAGGCAUGUUCUUGGAGCAGGGCUGACUACUGCAAGAUGGAAUCCCUUCCUUCCCUUUAGGUACCCUCCUCCUGGCAGCUCUUAAAACUAAGGAAAAAUACUAUAUAUAAAUAUAUAUAUACACAUAUCUAUUUAUGCACAUAUUGGGGCCAAUUUGAUUUGCUAGUGUUAGACAAUAAAUCAUAUAAGGAAA